AUGGACAAGUUAAUUUUGAGAGGCAGAAGCCUACUUAUGCUCACCACGAAUGUCUUCGCGUUUCUUGUCUCAGUUUCAGCUCAGCCAGGAUUCCUGAGCAUCAAUUGUGGCGGCGGAGACAAUUACACUGAUUCUGUGACCAAUAUAACGUGGAUUUCGGAUGGCAAUUAUAUAGAUGUUGGCGAGGCAGCGAAUGUUAGUAACUCAAGUAUACCAUAUCCCUUGCAGUCCUUGCGUCACUUUUCAAAGUCUCUAAAUAAAUCAUGCUAUAGUUUGCCCUUAAACAUUAAUGUCACAUACCUCGUACGCCUGUGGUUUCUUUUUGGUAAUUAUAAUGGAAUCCAAGAGCUUCCAAGCUUUAAUGUUUCUGUGGAGACGCAAGGCAUGCUUAUUCAAAAGAUCCAAUCUAUAACGUCUCCGGAAAUCCCAGAAUUUACCAGAGAAAUGAUCAUCACCAGUUCUACCAAUGUCAUCUAUGUUUGCUUGAUUCGAACUUCAGACAGCAGCGAUCCCUUUAUAUCUGCAAUUGAGUUGAGGAGUCUUUCAGGCGGCCUCUAUGAGGCUCAGAUGAAGCCGGGAAUGAUGUUGAGUUCAAUAUCAAGAUAUGAUGUGGGUGCUCAAUCCUCCGAUCUUAUCAGGUACCCUCAAGACCGAUUCGAUCGCUUGUGGAAUUCGGACAGCCUCAUGUCUGUUCUAUACAACACUACUCUUAUUCGAAAAGCACAUUCGAAUAGAACGGUUUUGAACAAGAAUAAUAUCACCAGUUUCCCUCCUGCUGUUGUGAUGCAGACAGCUGUAAUUGCCAAAAGCACUGCAAAUCGGUUGCGUUUAAUACUUCCGCAACAGAAUACGAGAACCUUAGUUGUAUUAUAUUUUGCAGAAGUCGAGAUCCUCAACAGCUCAGAGGCAAGCAACUUCAAUGUUAUGGUAAAUGAGCAGGCUGUUCGCUACAUAGAUUACGCUCUGCAAAAUCACUCGAUUGAGCUGCCAAUCACAUACAACUACACACAAGGAAGUUAAGUGGUGAUAUCUCUUGAAACCAUAGACCAACCAGGAAAGUCUAGCCGUGGUCCUCUAAUUAACGCCAUUGAGUAUUACAGAAUAGUGGAAAGUAAGCCAGAAACUGAUGGAGGUGAUGGUAAGAUCCUCAUAUCUUUAUUUCCUGAUUCCAUUUGUAACCAUGGUUUCCUGUAACGGAGUCAUGAACGUUGUUA